AUGAUCGAACAAUGUCCGUGCGUAAAACCACCCGGUAGUAACGAAUGUUUGUCAUAUGAUAAUCGCCUGCAAGCUGCAAAUAUCGAUGAAGCUUUGCACACAUUUCCGGAUCUGUCAAGCUUGACGGAAGAUGCAUUACCGUUGGUACCGGAUGAAAAUAUCAUCAUGAUGAAAUCUACUUCACAAUUUUUGCUUUCACAAAAAGCGAUUUAUAAAUCUCCAAAGACAUAUAAAUGCGAUGGAAAAGAAUGCCAAGCAUGCAAACUGUUAAUUACAAAUGCAUUCCAACGAGCAAAUGAUAAUAAAUUCCCGACAGCUGGUAGCAGUGUUUCUCAAUUAUCGGAUGAUAUUGAUGAAUCAUUCUGUAUGAGAAAUCGGUCGAUAUCAAGAAAUGCAGUUAAUGAUGGAAUGGGAAAUAUUACCAAAAUUAAAGAAUUACCAACGCAUAUGGAGGAAUUUAUUGGAUUAUUGAAGCCAAAAAUACGAAAACGGAGGACUUGGAAAAAAUCGAAGCAAAAAUUAUUGGGUGUGGCAAUAACGAUAAGUUGCAAUUACAAAAAAGGUGAGGAAAUUGCACAGGGUUGGACCGGAUUGUGUAAUUUAUGUUGGCAAUGGAGGAAACUACCGACCAAUUAUUUUCCAGUUUUACUUAAUGAAAUUUCAUGUGACACGAAUGAUAAGGGAUGUCUUGCAGGUUUUGGUAACUGUCGAUCGGUAAUGCGCAGCAUAAAUGUUCUCCGUAAUUUAGGAACACAUAAAUCUCCCCGAUGGAUGCAAGAAUCAAUCAAUACCGUAUCAGCCUGCGAAUGUCAAGUGGAAAUCGGAACUCCAUUACAUUCACUUGUUUUACGCUAA